AGCACAGCCCAGUUUUCAGAUUGACCGUGGUAGCGGCCCAUGCUCUGCCUAGUAACAAGCUCCAGCCUGUGCCCCGCACGCGCUGACGGAGGAAUCAGAGCACGGAGGUCACACGUGGGAUGGGUCGUGUUGUUUCUGUGACCAAAGCCGCUUGCACGAAUAUGCACCCAGGGUGUAAUUUGUGCCUGGCGUGCUAAAACACGCGUUCUGCAUUCUUGAAGCCGUGGUUUUGAACUGUUGUGUAACAGGCCCAGCGUUAUCUGAACUCAUUAGGUGUCUAGUUUUUCACCAGAAGCCACGCGCACCAGCGUUCGUGGUGUAACGUUUAUCUCACAAAAGCUGCUGAGGUAUUUAUUUCCGUGCUGCGAGCCGCCAGACUGUAAACAUACUUGCUGACGUUGUGCUGAAGUGCUGCUGGGACGAUUAAGGGCAGACCACUUGAAGUUGAAGGACGCCGAUUACGGUAUCGCCGGUGACCCCGAAUCCCUCACGUGACGGUGCCACGCGUUCUCAUACCUGUUCUACCUGUUCGGACCUUCUCAGUCACUACUGUACUCGCCACCGCUCCUCACUUCUCCUCCCACCAGAGGCGUUGACAGAUGUGGCGUGUGUCUCCACAGCAGCUUCAGUGGAGCCUGUGUCUGCAUUUGUUCUGAACUAUCAAUGUGGACCUCAGCUGGUGAUUUGACAAGUCGCGUAUAGGAUCUUCAAGAGUCCUUCCUGUCCCCUCUCCCCCUCCCUUCCCUCUGUCUCUCCUUUCCCCAUUCCUUGUCAAUCUUCUCCCAACCCCCCUUUUCCUCCUUUUGUGAUAUUCAACAUGCUUAUCAAGGAGUACCGCAUCCCCAUGCCCAUGAGUGUGGAGGAGUACCGCAUUGCCCAGCUCUAUAUGAUUCAGAAAAAGAGCCGAGAAGAGAGCUGCGGCGAAGGGAGCGGAGUGGAGAUUCUAGAGAAUAAGCCCUACACAGAUGGUCCAGGUGGGACGGGCCAGUACACCCACAAGGUCUACCACAUUGGCAUGCACAUUCCUAGCUGGUUUCGCUCCAUCCUGCCCAAAGCAGCGCUGAGGGUUGAAGAGGAGUCCUGGAACGCCUACCCUUACACCCGCACUAGGUACACUUGCCCCUUUGUUGAAAAGUUCUCCAUUGACAUCGAGACCUACUACAAAGCUGAUACCGGCAACCAAACAGAUGUAUUCAACAUGUCUGUAGCAGAGAGGAGACAGAGGACUAUUGACCCAAUCGACAUUGUGACAGAUCCAAUCCCCCCUCACGAGUACAAAGCAGAGGAAGACCCGAGGCUGUACAAGUCAGUGAAAACGCAAAGGGGUCCUCUGCAGGAUGACUGGAUAGAAGAAUACAACAAUAACCCAGGGAAGACCCCUAUCAUGUGUGCCUACAAACUGUGCAAGGUGGAGUUUCGCUACUGGGGCAUGCAGUCAAAAAUCGAACGCUUCAUUCAUGAUGUUGGACUGAGAAAGGUAAUGGUGCGUGCUCACCGGCAGGCCUGGUGCUGGCAAGAUGAGUGGUACGGCCUGACCAUGGAGGACAUCCGGCAGCUGGAGCUGGAGACUCAGCUAGCGUUGGCCAGGAAGAUGGCUCAGUUCAGCCAGGCAGAGGAGGCCACGGAGGCUAACGGAGGUACUCCGUCUCCAGACAAGGACCAGGAGGCCAAAGAAGCCAUCAGCUCCAUCGAAGCCGAAGAGGUAGUCGUCAGCUCAGGUGCGGAGACUCUGCAGCCGCGAGGUAUACUCACCAAACAGUGGUCCACCUCCUCCCGAUCGUCCCGCUCAUCCAAGAGAGGAGUGAGCCCGUCACGUCACAGCAUCUCAGAGUGGAGGAUGCAGAGCAUAGCACGAGACUCGGACGACAGCUCAGAUGAGGAGUUCUUCGAUGCCCAUGAGGAUCUCUCUGAUGGCGAAGAGGUUUUCCCUAAGGAAAUUGCCAAGUGGAACUCUAACGACCUUAUGGACAAGAUUGAAGCUGCAGACACAGAAGAAGCUUCUGGAGAACUGCUGAAGGAAAUGACUGUGGAUUAUGAAAGAGCAACCAGUGAGGAAAGACUAGAUGAGAUGCGUGGCUCUGUUAGCGGCCAAGCCGAUAGUUCUCCCAUUCCCACCAUCUUGGUAACAAGGCAUCAGUCAGAAAGUUCGAGCCAGCAGUGUCUGCAGCCCUCCAAGAUCCAUGUGCUGAUCUUGGUUCUGCACGGGGGGAACAUCCUGGACACAGGCGGGGGAGACCAGAACAGCAAGCAGGCGGACGUUAACACCAUUAGCACGGCCUUCGAGACGGUCAUGCGCGUUCACUACCCCGCUGCUCUGGGACGCAUCGCCAUCCGCUUAGUGCCCUGCCCUGCCAUCUGCGCCGAGGCCUUCUCCCUGGUGUCCAAGCUGAGUCCUUAUAGCUAUGAUGAGGGCUGCUUGUCCAGCAGUCAGGACCACAUUCCUCUGGCAGCUCUGCCCCUCCUGGCCACUUCUGCUCCACAGUACCAAGAGGCCAUAGCCACGGUCAUUGUCAGAGCCAAUCAGGUGUACUCAGACUUCAUAAAAUCUCAAGAUGGCGCCACGUUCUCUGGCCAGGUCUGCCUCAUUGGGGACUGCGUUGGGGGAAUCUUGGGUUUUGAUGCCCUGUGCAGCAGCAACCAGACAGUGAAUGAAAGCCAGAACAGCAGUCGCAGGGGCAGCGUCAUCAGUGUACAGGACCAGGACCUCCUCUCUCCUGGCAUCAUUAUCAAUAGCGGACAGGGAUCGGCGUCUCCGACCCUGGAGGGCAGCCGCCACCUCAGUCGCAGUAACAUCGACAUCCCUCGAGCCACUGCCAGCGACGACACCAAGAGGCAACUGCCACGCAAGAGAAGUGACUCUUCCACCUAUGAGCUAGACACAAUAAAACAGCACCAGGCCUUCCUCUCCAGGUGUGUGAAACGCAACAUGAGAGCAUUUGGUACCAAGCACAUACAUGCUUUGUGUGCUAUGUUUAAUUGCUUGGGUGGACAUGGCCCUGUUUAUUCCAGCUUACACUCCAGCGUCUUGCGGAACGACACAGCCUCACGCAGGUCGAGCAGCAGCACUAUGUUGGAUGGAGGCUCCCUGGGGAAGUUUGAUUUCGAGGUGUCUGACUUUUUCCUGUUUGGCUCUCCACUGGGCUUGGUACUUGCCCUGAGAAAGACCGUCAUCCCUAUGCUGGAUGUGGCCCAGCUGCGGCCUGCCUGUCAGCAGGUCUACAACCUGUUCCACCCAGCUGAUCCCUCGGCCUCUCGCCUGGAGCCUCUGUUGGAGAGGAAAUUUCACCUGCUGCCUCCCUUCAACGUGCCGCGAUAUCAGCGCUUUCCUCUGGGAGAUGGAAACUCGGCCCUCCUGGUGGAGACAGUCCAGAGCAACGCUCAGCUGCUACUUGACAGUGGGCCUCCUCUGUUCCUUCGCUGUCAGGAGACCAUCAGUGAGACCUGCAUCCCUGUGCCUGUGCUAAACUGGCAGGAGGCCUCCCUCAAAGCCACACCCGUCACUAUGGAGUCGGAUGUUGUUCAGUCUCAUGGUGGUGUCUUCAUGGACAGUUCGUACCCCUCCUCCCCCAUAACGGGCCCCCUCUCCAGGGGCCAGCGGAGGGCCAGUGAGGUCAGCAUUGCCAGCCAGGUCUCAGGAAUGGCAGACAGUUACACUGCCACCAACAUAGCCAACACCAAAUCAUGCCAAAUUAACCAAUCCAAAAAGUUCAACCUUUUGUCCCAACUCGCCCUGACAUCACAAAACAAAUUCUUCCUGAAAAGUCCUCCUAAGUCUCGUAAGAAAGCAGCGACUGGCCAGGCCACAGGAUCUCCUGAUGCAGAUCUAGUAGCAGAGCUGGAAGGUGACACUAGUGAAAGUCUAAGUCCCACUGGCCAGUAUGAGAACUGCUUGUCAGCAGGGCUGGACUGUGCUAUAUCUGAUCUGGUCUCACUGGACUCCCAGGCUGAAGUGGAGCAAGUUGCAGCCCGUUGGUGGGGCACAAAGCGACUGGACUUUGCCCUGUACUGCCCCGAUGCUCUCACAGCUUUCCCUACAGUGGCUCUACCGCACCUCUUUCACGCGUCGUACUGGGAGUCCACUGAUGUUGUGUCCUUCCUCCUGCGACAGGUCAUGAGGCAUGAAAACUCCAGCAUUCUGGAGCUAGAUGGGAAAGAGGUCUCCGAAUUCACCCCCUCCAAACCCAGAGAGAAGUGGCUCCGCAAGAGAACCCACGUGAAGAUCAGGAAUGUAACUGCCAACCACCGGGUGAACGAUGCUGUGUUUACUGAAGGCAGCCAGCAGGUUGUGACAGGCCGCUUCAUGUACGGCCCCCUGGACAUGGUCACUCUGGCUGGAGAGAAGGUUGACCUACAUGUCAUGACCCAGCCGCCCUCAGGAGAGUGGGUGUACAUCAACACAGAGGUGACCAACAGCAGUGGCCGUGUGUCUUUUGUCAUCCCAGAGGACAAACGUCUGGGCAUCGGAGUAUACCCAGUCAAAAUGGUUGUCAGGGGGGAUCACACAUUCGCAGACAGCUACCUGACCGUGAUUCCACGUGGCACAGAGUUUGUUGUAUUUAGCAUUGAUGGCUCUUUCGCUGCCAGCGUGUCGAUCAUGGGCAGCGAUCCCAAAGUACGGGCCGGAGCUGUGGAUGUUGUCAGGCAUUGGCAGGAUUUAGGCUAUUUAAUUAUCUACGUGACAGGACGUCCAGACAUGCAGAAGCAGCGUGUGGUGGCUUGGCUGUCUCAGCAUAACUUCCCUCAUGGCAUCGUCUCUUUCUGUGAUGGUUUGGUCCAUGACCCGCUCAGACACAAGGCCAACUUCCUCAAGUCCCUGACAGAGGCUCACAUGAAGAUCUUCGCUGGCUACGGAUCAACCAAAGACAUCUCGGUCUACACUUCCAUUGGUCUCCCUUCCUCCCAAAUAUACAUUGUCGGCAGACCCUCAAAGAAGAUGCAGCACCAGUGUCAGUUCAUCACAGAGGGCUACGCAGCUCAUUUGUCUCAGCUGGAGUACAACCACCGUUCUCGGCCCGCCAAGUCCAGCAGCGCGCGCAUGGUCCUGCGCAAGGGCAGCUUCGGCCUGGGCGCAAACAGCGACUUCCUGAGGAAGAGGAACCACCUCCUGCGCACCAUCUCCUCCCAGCCGGCCCCCAGCUCCCCGACGGGCAACAUCCACAACAGGCCGGAGCGCACGCAGAGCCAGUCGGACAGCGAGCGGCUGGAGCGCGAGCGGCUGGAGCGCGCCCACAGCCACGGCCAGGGGACCACCCAGCGCAGCAUGAGCAUCACGGCCAGCUGCUGGGGCCGCAGCAGCAGCACCAAGUUGGAGCCAGGAGUCUUCAGCCCCAAAUGAGAUUAAAGACACAAAGGGGAGGGGGGGGGGGCUUUUGGAUUCAGACUCGAUGCUGAGGCAGACGCAUGUUAUGAUGAGCAGUUACAGUUACAAAGAGUGUAACAGUUGAAAAAUAACAGGUGCUACAAACCACUCUUUAUAAACCUAACACCAGUUACCCUCAACACAACUAUGUAUGGACAGAGGCUAUAUUUAUUAUAAAUCACACAAUCAGCAGGUGUUUCAGGAAGCUUCUUCCUGAGGCAGAAACAAACAGAUAAAGCUGAUGCUGUAGGGAUCCAGACUGUUUGUACUGUUUAGUAAAUGUUUAUCAGUCUUGUAUACAAGGUUAGCUUUUCUCCUACAGCAGCUUUUAGGUCAGAGAUGGUUACACACAAAAGCACCGUCAUGCUGCACUGCCUCCACCAACACAAAGUGGGUCCAGACAGGCCCGUGUGCUGAGCGCUGUGGCCACCGCAAGCACAACACCUGUAGUAAGAAGCUGUGUCAAUAAUGCUAUAGUUUUAAAUCAAAGUCCUUUUUACGCAAUGAUCCAAAAUGUGGUCUGGUUUGAGAGCAGAGAAUCAGGACAAACUGGACUGAUGUGUUUACUUUAAGGGUGUGACCAUAGGUGCUUUUGUGAAUCCAGUCAUUUAUGAACUGUACCAAAUAUUUUUAUGGCUUGUGAGCAAAGCAUCCAUUAUUUUCCCGUGAGCUGCUUCUACGUUAUUUACUUCAAUCAUAACGGCAAUAGAUGUUUCACCAAACCAUCCAGUCCAGUUUUUCUUGUUUCCGUUUGUCUCUCAGACCAAAGAAUCAUCCAAAACCCACCUGAAGCAAACUGCGAAAUUACCCUUUAAAUAUGGCUGCAUCUGAAACUGUUCUGGGCUUUUUAUAGCGUUUCACCACAUCCCACUGUACAGUACUGAGCUGCUCUACCUUCGGGAUUAUCAGUGACGCGGCUAUAGGGGAAACUCCCACCACUGUACGGUUAACGUGCCAAAGGAAGCGCUAUAGGACGAUAUGCUGCACUCGAACGGAGUGUCCAGUGUAAAAAGGGAAUAGACUGUGUAAGUAUGUAGUAAAAUGCCUUAACAAGGCUUGUACAUAAUCGUUACAUUCUAGUGCAGAUCCAGUAUCUGGUCCACUCAAGACCAGUUUCAAGUGUCUUCUCUCUUCUGGGGGUAAACACCACCUCAUUCAGGAUUCACUUUAUUGGCUGAUGAUAAUAUUGUUGUUAUUUAAGACUAUAGGCAUAUUAAAAUGUAUUGAUUUUGUGAUCAAAAUGUGUUUUAAUAUUACUUUAGCUAUGUUGUGUGUUGUUUUUUUUUUCCUUCAGACUUUAGUUGCAGUAGCCAAAACCCCUAAAGGUCUUAGCCUGGCACAGUAUUGUAUUUUUAUUAUUUUACCAUUUUAUCUUGCAGAUUACCAGAACUGUAUCAACAGAAAGGCUAUCUAGUGUCAUAUAUAUAUUUGUUAUUAUCAGUUUUGGACAUUUGGGAUAUUGCUUCUUUGUAGUUUUCCCAAAGCUGUAAAUGAGGCAUUGAAUGUGCUCAUAGAUAAUCGUCCUUAGGUUAAGGUCUCUUUCUCUGUUCUGCUGCGCCAUUAGAGGAAGAUAAAUGUGCAAAUUGUAAAUUCUGUACAAUACGCUUUUAGAAUUAGGAACACAGAGCUAAGACUUACUUUGUGCUGUUGGCUAUUCAUUUCUGAAAUGGUAAAAUAGUGUGAUUUAUCCAUUCAGAUGAUGUUUAUUUGUCCUUCUAAUAGGGUUGUACAGAGCUGACUACAAUGGACCAAUAUGGGCUCAAAUGUAAAGGGAAACGUGCAAUAUUAUUCAACCACACCACAAGAUCAAGCAGAACGUUUUGAAGAAAUGUCACAGUGCAUUGACAAUCAGCUGAACGAGGAAUUAAUAUUCUAAAGACCUCAAAUUGCAGAGGGUGUGUCUUCACGUGUUCACGUCAAAGCUCAUUUUACAAGGGAAUGAUAUGACAAAAGGCUUUUGUUGGACACACACGUGCUCCAUUUUGAUUUUUUUUCUUCAUUCCGGCAAAUUCCGUCUAUAUGAAGCUACUUAAUGUUUACUGAAAGAGUUGCCCAAAAAAUAGUCCUGGCUUUAAUUUACAGCUGUCUGAAACGCUAGAGGGGAGACAGGCAAGACGAUAUGCAGGUUUGUUUGUUUUUUUUACAUUGAACUUAGUGAUGAUGUGGAAGCGGUUUAUCAUCAGGCUUUAAAGGAAGAUGUUUCUAAAACCUUGUUUCUUGCUACCCUGGAGAAAUGCAUUUCAUACUUUAUUACUAUCCCUCUGCAUUUUGACCUGGUCAUAGUUAUAACUGCUGAUUUGCGCAGCCAUAGAAAUUUUGAAAAAUGGACAGUUACUCAUCCCAAGCCAACUAUUGAUCCAUAUUCCUUCCCUAUGAGUUCUGCAUUGCCAGGACGUUAGAAUCCAGAGAAUGUAAAGACAAAGCAGUGUGGUUGUGUGGAAAGGAAGCCUCUGGGCAGGCACCUGCUUUGAUUCUUCUGCUGAGAGAUACUUACCAGAGGCCUUACAUUUCCCUUGUCCUGCCUUACAUUGACCAUUGUGUUGCAAGGCCUACAGUGAACACUGCUGACACCCUAAUUGACUUCAUGGAAAAUUACAGACUGUUCGUGCACAGUUUACUUGGAAAAGGGAAAAGGCCAUAUUUUCUGAAAAGGCUUUGGUUUGUUUUCACUUUAAAGAGGAGAUAUUUCAUAGAUAUUAGGUAACCAUCACCCUCUCAAACUGUUCCCUGGGUUAAUGCAAUGGUGUAACUGUUUCAUUUAGUAGAAUUAUUACUGUAUAUAUACACGGUAUAUGACAUACCUUGGUAAAUUAUGCUUGGAAAAUAUUUUCAUUGUACAGGGUGUGUAUCUUGUAGGAUUUGGAUAACAUUGUUUUAUCCAUUCCCUAGUGUUUUUAUGUACAGUGUAUAAAGAACGUUUAAAAAAAACAA